AUGGAUAGUUGGUUAAAAACGGGAAGUUUGUUAGAAAGAAAAAGGAAAUCGGAAAAUAAUAAAAACCCUCCGAAUAAAAUGAAAAAAAUUAAUAUUAUACCAGAAAUAUCUAAAACCGCCGAUAAUGUAACGUUAGUGAGUCCUAGUAGUAGCAACAGUAAUAUCGAAAGCAAAAAGUGGCCAGUGGUAUGGAAUGAGUCUCAAUGGAUCGAAUUUAAAGAAAAAUAUCCGUGGAUUGUUGGUGCAGAUGGAAAAUGA